ACGUAGAGAUUAGAGAAGCGAUUCGUUUUGCACUUUGCAGUUAGCUAGUUAGUGAUAACGCGGACUCCGAACAAAUCACACGCUAAAACUAUUUUACGAUUAACCUUUGCUUGAUUAGAUAUUUUCAAAAUAAAUAAACAUAGCGGCUUCUCAAAGAAAUUUCAUGUGUUAAAGAUCAAAUGAAUUGAUCUGAAGCUGAAGUGAAAUGUGUUCUGAUAACUUUUAAAAGUAAACGUUUUAAAAGUUUAGUUUAACUUUCAAAAAGGCCCAAAAUCGUCAAUCAAGAGCCGUAAAGGCAGUUUAAAAAAUUACGCUGAAGCGUUUAAAAAGAUUUCCUUGCUGUAAAAAUCAAGUUCCGUGUGCUAAAUACUAAGUGCUGCUGUGUGAAAAAUGAAUUGGGGAACAGUGAAUUUGUUUUUGUCAUGAAAAAUUAGACUAGAUAGAUAUAUUAUUAUCUGCCGUGGUCCGUUCCUAUACGUACCUAGACAGUAUUGAUGGCAUAUUUUUUCUGGGAAUUUAGACCUCAAAGAGGUUAAAAUAGAAGCCAUGAGUGUGCCUAUGGUAAAUAAAUGCUGUUUUCGAGCCAGUCUGCACACUGGGACCUUAAUCAUUGCUUAUAUUUAUACGGUGUGGUCUCUUCUGGAGCUGCUAGGCUACUCGCUGCUAGUGACGCUAGUACCAAUCGGUCGCAAUGGCACCAUCUCCGGCCACAAAUACGCUCUGUACAUCACCGCGGCGGCUGUCAGCGGAGUCACCCUGCUGUGCUCCAUCCUGCUCAUCGUUGCGUCUCACAAGAAGCUCGCAUCUCUCACGCUGCCGUGGACGAUAGUGACGGGCAUCCUGACGGCGGUAUUCUUCACCAUGUGCCUGACCGGCAUCAGCCUCAUCCUGCAGGACUCGGGCGAGAUGCUGGAGGUGGAAGCCAUCGUCAUCGUUGUGCAUCUCACGAGGGCUUGUAUAUCGGUGUACUGCAUAGUGGUGGUGCACAGCCGGCACAAGCAGAUGAUGUACGAGGACGACGAGCGCCGCUUCCAGCGCUCCGGCCGCGUGUACCAGCCCGUGCGGACCAAGGACCUGGCCUUAUAGCAUGCUUCAUGGUGCACCUACUGUGACGAACUGAGGGCCGCUCCUUAUAGCAUACUACUUCAUGGUGUAUCUACUGUGGCGGACCAAAGACCUGGCCUUAUUGCGCACUACUUCAUGGUUCACCUACUGGCGGACCUAAAUGGUAGCCACCAAGCUCAUGACAUUAAUCCUUUGAAGGUUUGCUACGAAAUGUUACUUUUACAUCGCUCAGCAAUGUAGAACGAACCAAUGUCAAGUUAAAUGAGUUUGGUGGCUGUCAUUUAGUGACGAGUUGGCGAAUGACCCGCAGGGCGCGCCAAACUUUUAAAUUCGGUGUUUGCUUUUCGCGCCAAUUGUGAAGUUAAAGUAUACCUGAUGUCCACCAUAGUUGUAAAUAAUUGUAAUAAAAUGCGCGUGCCCUCUAUUGUAAUUUGUACCUUAGGUACCUACCUAGUUAUAACUGUGUCGGAAACCAUUCCACAAGUUACAUUUUUCUGAACUUCAAUAGGUACCUAGGUAGUAGGUAGUUCCCUAACUAUCGGACGAACUCGACGAAAACUAUUCAAGAACGCAUAGCACGCAACCUACUCGUAACUAACGAACGGAUAGACAAAAGUUAAUUAAGAUUUAUUUAAUAAGUUUGAUUAUGGCAGCACUCGAAGUGUUUCUUAGUAAAAAUAAAGCAGUAUUUAUUUUUUAUUUAUAUCGAAUAGGAAAGUAGUGUAAGAAAAUAAAGUAUAAAACAAUGUUU